CAUGUGACUCGCCGGCCGCAUCAUGGCGGAAGCGGAGGAGCAGGAAAUGGGGUCUCUUGAAGAAUCUACAGAUGAGUCUGAGGAGGAGGAGAGUGAGGAGGAGCCCAAGCUGAAGUAUGAACGGCUUUCCAAUGGGGUGACGGAGAUCCUUCAGAAGGACGCAGCCAGCUGUAUGACAGUCCAUGACAAGUUUUUGGCUCUGGGCACACAUUAUGGCAAGGUUUAUUUACUUGAUGUGCAGGGGAACAUCACUCAGAAGUUUGAUGUAAGUCCUGUGAAGAUAAAUCAGAUUAGCCUGGAUGAAAGCGGAGAACACAUGGGCGUCUGUUCAGAGGAUGGCAAGGUGCAGGUAUUUGGACUAUAUUCUGGAGAAGAAUUUCAUGAGACAUUUGACUGUCCCAUUAAAAUCAUUGCUGUACACCCACAUUUUGUGAGAUCCAGUUGCAAGCAGUUUGUGACUGGAGGGAAGAAGUUGUUGCUGUUUGAACGGUCUUGGAUGAAUAGAUGGAAGUCUUCUGUUCUGCAUGAAGGGGAAGGGAACAUAAGGAGCGUGAAGUGGAGAGGCCAUCUGAUUGCUUGGGCCAAUAACAUGGGUGUGAAGAUUUUUGACAUCACCUCGAAGCAGAGGAUCACCAAUGUGCCCCGGGAUGAUAUAAGUCUCCGCCCAGACAUGUAUCCCUGCAGCCUCUGCUGGAAGGACACUGUGACACUGAUCAUCGGCUGGGGUACUUCCGUCAAGAUAUGUUCAGUGAAGGAACGGCAUGCCGGUGAGAUGAGAGAUCUGCCAAGUCGUUACGUUGAAAUAGUGUCUCAGUUUGAAACUGAAUUCUACAUCAGUGGACUUGCACCUCUGUGUGAUCAGCUUGUUGUACUUUCCUACGUCAAAGAGAUUUCAGAAAAAACGGAACGAGAAUACUGUGCCAGGCCAAGACUGGACAUCAUCCAGCCCCUUUCCGAGACUUGUGAAGAGAUCUCUUCUGAUGCUUUGACAGUCAGAGGCUUUCAGGAGAACGAAUGUAGAGAUUAUCGCUUAGAAUACUCAGAAGGGGAAUCACUCUUUUACAUUGUGAGUCCAAGAGACGUUGUAGUGGCUAAGGAACGAGACCAAGAUGAUCACAUUGACUGGCUCCUGGAAAAGAAGAAAUAUGAAGAAGCUUUGAUGGCAGCUGCAAUUAGUCAGAGGAACAUUAAAAGACAUAAGAUUCUGGAUAUUGGCCUGGCAUAUAUAAACCACCUGAUGGAGAGAGGAGAUUAUGAUAUAGCAGCACGCAAAUGCCAGAAAAUUCUUGGAAAAAAUGCAGCACUCUGGGAAUAUGAAGUUUAUAAAUUUAAAGAAAUUGGACAACUUAAGGCUAUCAGUCCUUAUUUGCCAAGAGGGGAUCCAGUGCUGAAACCUCUCAUCUAUGAAAUGAUCUUACAUGAAUUUUUGGAAAGUGAUUAUGAGGGUUUUGCCACGUUGAUCCAUGAAUGGCCUGGGGAUCUGUAUAACAAUUCAGUAAUAGUUCAAGCAGUUCGGGAUCACCUGAAGAAAGACAGUCAGAAUAAGACUUUGCUUAAAACCCUGGCAGACUUGUACACCUAUGACAAAAACUAUGGCAACGCACUGGAGAUAUACUUAACAUUAAGACAUAAAGACGUUUUCCAGUUGAUUCACAAGCAUAAUCUUUUCAGUUCUAUCAAGGAUAAAAUUGUUUUAUUAAUGGAUUUUGAUUCAGAGAAAGCUGUGGACAUGCUUUUGGACAAUGAAGAUAAAAUUUCAAUUAAAAAGGUAGUAGAAGAGUUAGAAGACAGGCCAGAGUUGCAACACGUGUACUUGCAUAAGCUUUUCAAGAGAGACCAUCAUAAGGGGCAGCGCUACCAUGAGAAACAGAUCAGUCUUUAUGCGGAAUACGAUCGCCCAAAUUUGCUUCCCUUUCUCCGAGAUAGCACCCACUGCCCUCUUGAAAAGGCCCUUGAGAUCUGUCAGCAGAGAAACUUUGUAGAAGAGACUGUUUAUCUUCUGAGCCGAAUGGGUAAUAGCCGAAGCGCCCUGAAGAUGAUUAUGGAGGAAUUACAUGAUGUGGAUAAAGCAAUUGAAUUUGCCAAGGAGCAAGAUGAUGGAGAACUCUGGGAAGAUUUGAUUUUAUAUUCCAUCGACAAACCACCAUUUAUCACUGGCUUGUUAAACAAUAUUGGCACACACGUUGACCCAAUUCUAUUAAUUCAUCGUAUUAAGGAAGGAAUGGAGAUUCCUAAUUUGAGAGAUUCCUUGGUUAAAAUUCUACAGGACUACAAUUUGCAGAUUCUGCUUCGUGAAGGCUGCAAGAAGAUUCUCGUAGCUGACUCUUUGUCCUUACUGAAGAAAAUGCACCGGACUCAAAUGAAAGGAGUUCUAGUUGAUGAGGAGAAUAUCUGUGAGUCGUGUCUUUCCCCUACUCUUCCGUCAGAUGCAGCUCAGCCCUUCAGCGUGGUGGUCUUCCACUGCCGACACAUGUUCCACAAGGAGUGCCUGCCCGUGCCCAGCAUGAAUUCCGCUGCACAAUUCUGCAACAUCUGCAGCGCCAAGAACCGCGGACCAGGAAGUGCAAUUUUGGAGAUGAAAAAAUAGCUCGUUUCUGCUUGUCGGAUUCGUCCUCACCACUGUUUUUGGACUGUUUCUGCAACAACAGAAGUGUUUGAUACCACUGCUGUUAAGGGAUGUUUAUGUUGGGCUCAAAACAUUUCCCUCUCCUAUGUCUGCCUACUAGAGAUUUCUCUUUGCAGUUGGUAACAAAGUUGGGGCUCUCCCCAGGCCUUUGAAAUAUUAUGGGUAGUCAAUUAUUUUGCCAUUUAUUUGUUUGUUUACUAUUCUUUAUAUACUAAGUGGAAUUGUAAGUCUAGGAGUUUAAAAUGAAUUUUUUAGACAUUAGUAAAACUAUUCAACAAUAAAGUGGGCUAUUAAAAAUUGUUCUGACUGCUGAAGAACAGCUGCAAUCAUCCUGCUAGGUCCUACCCACAGCGUGGACCUUGUUUCCAGAUGUUCUGCUGGCACCCAGACUCCCAUUCAGGAUUCGACUUUUUUUUUUUUUUUGCAGUUUUUGGCCGGGUCUGGGUUUGACCCCUUUGGCAUAUGGGGCCGGCGCCCUACUCCUUUGAGCCACAGGCGCCGCCCAGGAUUCGACAUUUUUUUAUAUGUCAUUAACUAUGGUGAUCUUCUUAAUAGGCAUUUAAUGAACCAUUGUACAAAUUGUCACUCAUUUGGUGACACCUGGCUGUUUUCCUGCACCUUUGUGUUUACUGACCACAUGACAUGUUCUGUGUACCCUGGACUAGCAGAGUGCCUGGUCCCAGCAGGUACUCGGUGUUUGUUGACUGAAUAAAGGUUAGCUCUUCUUGUUGUGAAAGACUCACUUUUACUAGGUGAACAGUUACAGUCAGGAGUUCCGGCGCCCUUGGGAGAGAAGACAGUGUUAGCACCUUAGAGUCUGGGGGCUUGUGGUAGGUCUUAAUAGCAGGAAGGAAACAAGUGGCCCUGUGAAACCUGAGGGGGAUUCUCAGGAGAAAUGGGGCUGCCUAAUACCAAAAGAUAGACACAAUGAUGUUUCCUUAAAGGAAACAUCCUUCCUUGGAGCUUCCUUUGCCCUUGUAAACAGAGCUUGUCAUGGAGGGAGAAAAUUCAGUAUCUAAAGUUACUGGCUUAUCAACGUGAGGAUGUGUGGCCAUCCUCUAACAGAUAUGAAAGUGUGAAAAACACGUCCUCACUGUUCCUGUUCACUUAGUGCCAUAAAUGGAGUCAGUACAGCCUCCCGCCUCUGUCUUUUGGAGGAGGAUGGGAUGUUGGUGUGUACUGAGCACGCGCCAACUCCCAAAUAUGCCCAGCUGUUCCCACGAGCAAGGUCUCAUUUAAUUGUGAUGGCGUCCCCAGGAAGGAGUUCUGAUGUCCCUUGGCUUACAGAUGAAGAAACCAAAAUAUAGACGUGUUGUUAGGGUCACAGACGUAAAGCUUCCAGUCAAAACUAAGCUAUUAGUAGUUAAGUUUGGGAGAAGUCAAACAUCAUCUGUAGAUUUUUGACUAGGGCAGGGGACAGACAGUGCCACUAACUCUCAUGUUGUUUGAGGGUGAAGUAUAUUUUAAUGUUACAAAGUUAAACAUUGAUUCAGCAGUUAGUAUGUGUCAGGCACCGAGCUAAGCACUUUGCAUACGUCAUCUCAUUGAGUUGUCAUACAGGCCUAUGAAGUAGACAUGCUUACAUCAUCAUCAUUUUGCUGAUGAAGAAAGUAAAGCACAUAAUGGGUAAGUACUUGUCUGCGGUCAGAUAGCCGGUUAAGGAAUGCACAGCUGAAGGUUCAAGUCCACUCCGUCUGCCUUCAGAGUAAUUGAUGUUAACCACUGCAUAUUUGAUCCUGGUUUUUUGUUGUUGUUGUUGUUGUUUUACGUGCUUAUUUAAUCUGUUUUGGUCAGUGUGUGAAAAGCAAAGUCCACUCUUGGAACAGAAAGGAAUUGAUUACAAAGUAGCACAUGGCCUGUGGACUCACUGAUGGGGCUAGGGGAACAAUAAGGAGAGCUCCAAGGAGCUAUUCACAAAGUUGCCCCCUAGAACUGGGCUGCCCGGGGAGUCCGCACCCCACCUCUGUCAGAGAACCAGCCCCUCACGACAGUGCAAGUCAUCAUUUCUAAGUAAACAUCGGGUAAGUAAAAAUACACACAUUUCUCGGUUUCUUUUAAAGCUCUUCGUAACAUGAAGGCACAUUAUGUGUAUACGCGUGUGUGGGAGACAUUUCUGCGUGCUACACAUUACAUCUGCUCGUCCUAGUUUCUGCUGUCAGGGCUUGGGCUAUGAAAACUCUGCUAAACCAUACUUUUCACUUCUCAUUUCAAUACUCUUAGCCAAACACCAAUUUAUAAAAUCCAGGAGAAAUGCUUUCCUCUUUCCUCACGUGAAGCAGAUGUUGGGGUGAUUCGGGUCACUAUAAUCUUAAUAGUAAAGACAAGAUAGGAGAGAGGAGAAGCCCAGCCUGCGAGGUGGGGCCCCUGGGGUUAGACACUCUCCAGGCUUUUCUUUGCAUUUACCGAGAAUGAUAGAUCGGAAAUGACAACGUAGUCAUACCAUGUCCCUUCUCUAGUCCUGUGGGAGCCUUUGUGCCCCACGUGUGAAAGGACUUGUGGUCUUGGCUCGGCCUAAGCACCCCGGGCCUUUGACUUUGCAGCCUCCUCUUGUUUGCUGCCUCACUGCGGCUGCUGUGAAUUUCUUGGCAGUUCCCGUCACCUUCAUACUGCUGCCGUCCUUUAUCCUCCCAUGCUCUGCUCAGAUGUGACCGCCUCAGACUGCUGGAAGACCACGCACUUGUCUUCACACAGCACCCAGAGCUCCAUCUGCCUUACCAGGCUGUACCGCAGCUGUCUGUACACAAGCACCGUCUUAGACCACAAACUCUCCUCCGCAAAAGGAGGAAGUUGAAGCUUCUUUUGAGUUCACAUUUUACCAGUAGCAUAAAUGUAACUUAGUUCAUGGGAAACUUGGAUAAAUCGGGCUUUUCUCUUUCAGUCUAGGCACCCCCUUCUAUCCUGGGUUGCCUCUAAGUCUGGGGCUUGUGGGGACGGUCUCAUUGUACCCAGUAUCAAUGAGAAAGAGGCAUGUGGUCCUCAGUGGACCUCUGUCCAUGCUGGUGUUGGGUGAAAUGCCACCAUCCCCACCAGCCUCCCAGCUUCUGCAGCCGCUGCUGGUGUCUCUGAGAUGACUGUGUUCACAGCUGACUCUGGCUCAGUCCUUGUACUAGCCUCGGCCGCACUUCUGUGGAGACUGAGAGAAUUUGCACACACACUGCCUUACGGCCCUGGUGCUAUGGGAAAUUCAGACUUUGCCAACCAAGUUGGUCUUUACUGCUUCUUCACCAUGCUCAAAGGGGGAGUUGGGUGGCAGAAGUUGGAGAAAGUGAGCAAUUGGUUUGCAAGGAUUGCCACCUCUCCAAAAGGCAGGAAGUGGGACACCUUGUGUCCUCAAAGCUCCAAAGCCAUCUCCCCACCCGAGGACUCAGACCAGAAUACAGGGCAGGGUUCCCUUCCCUCUCAGCUCUCUUCUCCCUCAGCCCGCUUCCUCCCCCCCCUCCUCCUCCUCCUCCACUCCAGUCCAGUGGAAUGUUUCUUUGGGACAGUGGAACUUGCUCUUAAAUAUUCUGUAUUGUUUUUGCUGUAAACCUUGGGUUUUGCUACUCAGAAGGCUGAGGCUCCUGCAAGCUAUUGACUCUAAAUUUUUAAGAAUCUAUUUUGGAACUUACAAAGUUUGCUUUUUCUUCUUUGCAGUUAUUAUCCCCAACCUCAGCCUCCUAAACAAGGGAGGGGCAGAAAGCGCAAAGGGAAGAAAGAACCGGCCUGGGCUGCUCCGUCAGUGUCGUCACUGUGGACCAUGAGCUCCGCAGCCCAGAGGAGCAUGACACACGCGAGGCACUUGCAAAUGUUUGUGGAAUGAAUAAAUAAA